CCACCCGGCCCUAUAAAGUUUCAAAUACAAGACGACAGGCGUGCUAAACAUAAAAAAUGCACCGACGAUAUCAAAGGCUUUCCACCGCUAAUGGCGUAAGUGAUGAAACAAGCGACCCUAUAAGCGAGGAAUCUGAAAGGGAAGAACAAGAAAAUGGCAUAGCGCACCAACGUACUGGAAAGAAGAAUAGCGAAGGAGUUCUGGCCAUCGAUGAGACCGGUUAUUGUUCCUUGUGUGGAAAGAUAUCAGUUUGUAAAUGUGAGCGUUGUGGCGAUUUUUAUUGUUCACCCAAUUGUCAACGCAAGGACUGGCAAAAACAUCGUUUCAUAUGUUUUCCCAUGCCACGCCUCAUUAAACCCGGCCAAUCGUGUACUACAAAUGAACAACUGCCAACUCUAAAGGCAGAAGUUAAACCUAUUGAGUUAACCAAGGAGGAGAAUAGACAGGCGUAUAGAGCCCGACAAUUGAGUUUUAUACCCAAUACAACGCCGAUACCCAAUGAUGACAGUAUCGUUGUAUUGACCGGCUUCAAAUCCGCUAAUCGUUGCUACAUACGCUCAGCAGAUCCAAAAGUUACCGAGGAAUACUACAAAAUUCUCAAGAAACUUGAUAACUUUGGAAAGCAUUCGAAUGAUGUUACCGGAGUUCCUAAAGCCAAUACAUACGCUAUCGCUCAAAAAGAUGAAAAAUGGUGUCGUGUUCAGAUUCUAGCGGCUCGUCCAGACAAUAGGAUUCGUGUUCAUUUCAUUGAUUAUGGCACGAUUGGUGUUCGUUAUUUACGAGAAUUGCGAAGGAUUUCGAGUGCAAUGUGCAGCAUGCCUUGUUACGUUCACAUGGUGCAGCUACACGAUGUUGUCAUAUAUUCAAUGGAGACUAAACUUAUGCAGCAGUUAGCUGAAAAUGUUGACAAAGAAUUCAAAGUGCGUUUUGUCAACUCUGAUGAGUUGGGAGGCAAUGUUGAAUUAUAUAACAUAGACACUAAUAAGCUAUUAAAUACAGAAAUUAUGACUUUGUGCAAAGAAUUUGCUGAAAAAGAAGCCGAACAAACAUCUACCACGUCGAAUGACAAUGACAUUUCCGAUAUGAAAGAAUUAUCCCCUGCCAAUGAUAAUUCGAAGACACCACAGAGAGAUAGUCGUCAACAAAAAUCCCGGCAAGCUAUUCAACAGACACCGCAGAAAGCUAAUUCUCCUUCGAAUAAAACAAAUGAACAGCAACAAACGCCAAAUGGAUCAUCAGCGAAGCAGACUAACGGUACGGUUGGUGGAAAUGCUACAGAUGUUUCACCCAAUAGCAGCGCCAAGAAGAAAAAUCUACCCCCAGCUCCAAGGCAAAUUGCAAAACCAUGUAUGGUACCGCCAUUCGAAACCAUACCGUUUGAUGAGAAUCUCAAAGACAUUAAUGUGGUUGUAGUCGAUAGCACCUAUGUAGGUCGUGGUUACUUGGGCUGUCUUUUGGAAAAAGACUGUGAUAAACUGCAAGCAGUUCAAAAAUUUUUGCUAAAUUAUAAUGGCUCGGGACAACCCUACAAGCCCAAAUUUGAAGAGUAUUGCAUUGCUGAAUACGAAUCGGAGUGGUAUCGUGGUAAAGUUGUGGAGAUUUUAGACGAUGAUAAAUUCCUAAUUGCUUACAUUGAUUUCACUAACGAAUGUGAACUGAGCAGUGCAUCUAUACGACGUUAUCCUAUGGCAUUAGAUGUGCCUUGUUGUUCAAAUUUAUGUGCUAUUGAAGGUCUACCAGAUGAGCUAAGUGAUAAAGUAAUAGAAUUUUUGGAAAAUGAAUUGCGUGGUUUCGCAAAAAUCCAUGUCAACCGUAUGAAGAAAUUUGACGAUGUUAUGUUCAUUGAGUGCAAAGAUCUUAUAAAGAAAUUGCAAGAUGCAAAGCUAAUUUAAGUCUGCAUGCAAAUGAGUUAUUUGUAUGUUAAGUUAAAAUGUCAAUCUACUUACGCUUAACCGCUACCGUAAUUUUGCCUAUCAUUUUUGUACACAUUUUUCGAUCAACCAUAAUUAUUUUAAUUUUUACAACUUCCUUAUUGGUAUAAGUUUUCAAAAAAUAAUAAAUAACCUACUCAUACAUGUA